CCGACAUAACCUACAUACUGUACCACGACCAUGUUUUCAAGGUACAAAAGAAACUUCGUCUACACAUCCACCCCGGAGGACGACCUCACGUGCUCCAUAUGCAGUGACGCAUAUUCGGAACCCCUCGACACUAAAUGUGGACAUACCUUCUGUAAGGAUUGUUUAUCAACAUGGAUGAAACGAAAGAAAUGUUGUCCUUUAGAUAACAUCCAUGUCAGUAAGAAAAAUCUGAAGAUUACCGACUCAACGGUUCAGGACCGAUUAGACGAGCUAGAAAUCGCGUGUGUACACUGCAG